UACACUACAACACGCAGAGGACGUGGAUGUGUUAACGAGUAUAAAAAUAGUUAAUUUUUUAUGACGUUUCUUCCACGUAGGAAGAUACGUAACGCGUUAAAAUAAUCUACAAAUUAUGGAAUGACUUUUUUCAUUUUUGCCUGGAUUUCGAUUUAAUUGUGAGUAGCCUACUGUUCUAAACAGCGCAGAUACAGCAGCAAAGCGAGUAGGUGACUCGAGUAGGAGUCGAGAUAGUCAGAUAGGUGCGUUUGAUACAUUAACAGCAUCUUAGAUUUUUUUUAUCUUAUACUGUAAGGCAAACUGUAAUCAAUGGAUCGGUUUAAAUUAGUUCUGCAAUAUUUUCAAUCAAAUUCAGAGUCAAUCUCUAAUGGUAUCUGUAUACUAUUGUCGUUAAUAAGCGUGAAGCUGUAUACAAGUUUUGAUUUCAACUGCCCAUGUUUACCGCAAUAUAACAAGAUGUACGCAUUAGGGGUCAUGUUCGUACCUCCUGUUAUAUUGUUCUUUUUGGGAAUAUUAGUUAAUCGUCAUACAGGGGUGUUGAUGGAGGAAUAUGUCAGACCCCUUGGCAAGAGGAACAAGAAUCCAGCAGUGGUGAAGUUUCUGCUCUCAGCUGUGAUGCAACGGUCUCUUCUGGCCCCCAUGGUCUGGAUUCUGAUGACACUUCUGGAUGGAAAAUGUUUCAUCUGCGCGUUCAGUAUGAAUGUGAACCCCAAACAUUUUACGGGCAUGCCCAACAGCACCGGCCUCGAACUCAUUAAGAUUCUAGCUAAAGUUCCUUGCAAAGAAGAUGUAAUCUUCAAAAACAGCAGUUUUCGCAAAGCUGUAUCACGCUAUGUGCGCUGUUACUCCCAGGCAAUAGGUUGGUCCAUCCUCCUCAUCCUCAUUUUUUUGGGCACAGUGGCUCGCAUCCUCAAGCCUUGCUUCAACUACGGCACUUUUCUGCAGACGCGUUACUGGAGCAAUUACUUGGACGUUGAGCAGAAACUUUUCGAUGAGACCUGUGUGCUACAUGCCCGAGAUUUUGCCAGAAAAUGUGUGAUGCAGUUCUUCGAGAGCAUGCGUGAAGAUGCAGCUUUGAGACUUCCCCUCACUUAUGCACUCAGACCCGGCCAAAUCCAGAGUGAAGGGGCAGAGGAAGAAGAGGACCGUCUGCACGGCAUAACUAGACUAGAUCAAGUGGAUCAUUUGCUGCAAAGUUGGUACGAAUGCAAACCGGAAUUGGAUGUGACCAAAAUGGCUUAUAAACCCAAAGUGUGUAUCACCUGGGAGGACCACAAUGGAAAGGUUUUAUUCUCAGAGGUGUAGAACUGAAAGAAACACAAAUCAAAUUUAGAUUUAUGGAAUGACAAUGAUACACAGAUGAACCCAUAGCAUUGUUGUAAAGCAGAUUAUUCAUGUGCCCUUGCAUUGACCAGCUUCAUGCUGAGCUUGCAUGCUGGUGCAUUUGACUAUGCUGGGAUUUAGUUUGUGUAAUUUUGCAUGUCUCUCUGCACACACAUUACACAACAACCUCAUGGCUAUGGCUUAGAUGCAAAUUACCGCAGAACCUAGGCAAUACUUAGAAAAAGGUAGAACAUUACAUUUAUAAAUAAUGUCAAGGUUUUAUGUAUAUUAUUUAUCUGUUUAGUAGCAUAGUGGGUCAUUCCCUGUCAUUGAUGUUUUUUUGUAACCCAUUUUAAACUAUACAGCCCCUAUGCCCAUGUUUUAAAAUGUACUUUUGAA